CCAGGAUUCAGAAAGUGGAAAUGAGGAUUCCCGUAGCCGCGCUGCUCUUACUGCUCACAGUCCGUCCCUCCAGCACUCAGCCUAAUGCCACCCGUUAUGCGUGUGGCACCCCGGUAGUCACCACUCGCAUCGUCGGGGGUACAGAUGCCGUGGACGGGGAGUGGCCGUGGCAGAUAGGAAUCCAGGAAUGGGGUAACGUUAUUUGUGGAGGAUCCCUGAUCAACCAACAAUGGGUUCUCAGCGCCGCUCAUUGCUUCCCCAGUUCUCCCGACCCACGGAAUUAUCUGAUCCUGUUGGGAAUGCACCAGCUCGGAAUGCCAAACACUCAUGGAAUUUCCAUUUCGGUGCAAGAAAUCAUAACUCACCCCAAUUAUACUACGGCUGGCGGCAGAGGGGACAUCGCUCUGGUGAAGCUGAGCUCUCCUGUGAAUUACACCGACUAUAUCCUGCCCAUCUGUCUGCCGGACUCAUCGGUCACCUUCCCGUGCGGCUUGGAGUGCUGGGUAACCGGCUGGGGGAAUAUUGCCUCUGGAGUGAGUCUGCCGUACCCACAAACCCUCCAGAAAGUGAUGACCCCAUUGAUUGACCACAAAAGGUGCGACCAGAUGUACCACGUGGGCUCCUCAUAUAGCAGCUCCUACGUCAUCAUCCAGGAGGAGAAGAUAUGUUCUGGCUACAAAGAGGGACAGAAGGACUCCUGCCAGGGAGACUCCGGGGGUCCCGUGGUGUGUAAGGUGAACGGCACCUGGUUCCAGGCUGGGAUUGUAAGUUGGGGUGAAGGAUGUGCUUUGCCAAACCGCCCCGGGGUGAACACCUUGGUGACCGCCUACAAGUCAUGGAUUGAGAUGUACGUGCCGGGGAUAACGUUCAACAAGCUGACAAACAUCCCUAAGCCAAGCAAUUCCUGUGACACCGACAAUGGGACAAACAGCACAGUGUCUCCCCCAGUCUCUGUCUCCACCAGAUCCACUAAAGCCACAAGUACAGUUUUUCCACCCCGCUCUUACUCCACCGCAUCCAUGGCACCUCCGUCGGUGUGUGGCAUCCCUGCAGUGUCUGGUUGGAUAGUCGGGGGUUCGGAUUCUGUUUAUGGAGAGUGGCCCUGGCAGAUCAGUAUAUAUAAUAGAGGAUCCCAUCUUUGUGGGGGGUCCCUCAUCUCUCCUCGGUGGGUCCUGACGGCCGCUCAUUGCUUUACAAGUUCUCCCGACCCACGGAAUUAUAUGAUCCUGUUGGGAAUGCACCAGCUCGGAGGGUCAAACAUUCAUGGAAUUUCCAUUUCGGUGCAAGAAAUCAUAACUCACCCCAAUUAUAUUACGACUGGCAGCAGAGGGGACAUCGCUCUGGUGAAGCUGAGCUCUCCUGUGAAUUACACCGACUAUAUCCUGCCCAUCUGUCUGCCGGACUCAUCGGUCACCUUCCCGUGCGGCUUGGAGUGCUGGGUUACCGGCUGGGGGAAUAUUGACUCUGGAGUGAGUCUGCCGUAUCCGCGAACCCUCCAGAAAGUGAUGACCCCAUUGAUUGACCACAAAAGGUGCGACCAGAUGUACCACGUGGGCUCCUCAUCUAGCAGCUCCUACGUCAUCAUCCAGGAGGAGAAGAUAUGUUCUGGCUACAAAGAGGGACAGAAGGACUCCUGCCAGGGAGACUCCGGGGGUCCCUUGGUGUGUAAGGUGAAAGGCGCCUGGUUCCAGGCUGGGAUUGUAAGUUGGGGUGAUGGAUGUGCUUUGCCAAACCGCCCCGGGGUUUACACCUUGGUGACCGCCUACAAGUCAUGGAUCAAGACGUACGUCCCGGAGCUAACGUUUACCAAUCUGGUGAAUAUACCAAAACCAAGCACCCCGUGUGCCAACGGCAGCUACCCGGACCCCAACGCGGGGAGCAUCUCUUCCACACCUUGGAAAAUUGUUCUUUUCUGUAUUUUGAUGUUCAGUCUCCUCUUUAAAAAGUUCUCCGUGGCAUCCACACCACGACUGGGGCCAAACGUUUCUCCAGAGGAGCCACAAGGUCCACCUUUCUCCAGAAUGGAGAUCCACAACGCCCUCUUCCUCCUGCUGCUUUCUGUCCGUCCGUCUCACUCGGCGAAUGAUGCCCGAGCCAGCCCCAUGGCGUGCGGAUCCCCUCUGGUCUCCAAUCGGAUUGUCGGCGGUUCGGAUGCCGGGGAAGGAGCGUGGCCGUGGCAGAUCAGUCUACGGUAUCAAGGCUCCCACAUUUGCGGGGGGAGCCUGAUCUCCAAUCAGUGGGUUGUGACGGCCGCUCACUGCUUUCAGUACUCCAAGUCUCCAUCAAUGUACUCCGUGGUCAUGGGCGUCCACCAGCUCUCCGUCACCAGCCCCAACCAAAAGUCGUCCAACGUGGAGCAACUAAUUAUCAAUGAUCAGUACCGGGGCACGGGCUCCUCCGGGGACAUCGCGCUCGUCAAAAUGUCUAUCGCCAUCGAAUACACCAGCUUCAUCCUUCCCGUCUGCCUGCCCUCAGCUUCUAUGACAUUUGCCCCAGGGAGUAACUGCUGGGUAACCGGAUGGGGCGAUAAAGGUUACGGAGUGACGCUGCCGUACCCCCACACCCUGCAGCAGGUGAUGCUGCCGCUGAUCAGCAGAGACUCGUGUGACGCCAUGUACCACGUCGGCUCCCAGGUCAGCCCCACCACGUCCAUAAUCCAGGCCGACCAGAUCUGUGCCGGGUUCCAGCAGGGGCAAAGGGACUCCUGCCAGGGUGACUCCGGGGGUCCGCUGGUCUGUGAUGUCCAAGGAGUUUGGUACCAAGCCGGUAUUGUGAGCUGGGGGGAGGAAUGUGCCCUCGCCAACAGACCCGGGGUAUAUACUCUGGUAUCCGCCUAUAACUCAUGGAUCAGUUCGUAUGGAGCCACCAACUACGUGACCCCGUCCUCGUCGCCCGCCAUGUCAGCCCCGUGGCUGCUCAUCCUGGGGGUCCUCGCGUUUCUUCUCCACUGACCUAAAAACAGAAAGUCGAGGAAGGAAUAAAGAAAACGACAGAAUUUCUCUGAUUUCCCGUGAAUGCCGCGUAACAUAUUAAAUACCCCCGGGGAUGCCCUGGCUGCGGAGGUGGCAGAAUGAACCGUUUGGGGCAGAUGACGCCCAUUCCAUUGUUUGUUUCUCUGAUCUGCGCUAAUGUGUAGUGGAGAUAAGGACCUGUUUCAGGGUGGGGUAGGUCUGGGCCAGUGAGAUCCACCUUAGAUUGACACUCGGGGCAUGGGGUAAAAUGUCCAGGGGCCACAGUACCCUGAAGUGCUGCCUCCAUUCUAUAUGCAAAUAAAGGGUGUAUUUAAUAUGCAGGGUUAGGGGCCCUGUAUGGAACUAAUAUACGGCCUCCUCCCCCAGGGGCCCUGGCAUACAGCUUGGGAAAUAUACAAAGUCCCUUUAAUCGCAAGGUUCAGCAGCAUGCGCGGGGGAUGCCCCGGGGGGCCGAGGACCCCCUGUAUCAAUCUAUAUCUUGUAUAGAUACCGGGUACUGCUGUACAGCGCCGCCGUGUAUGUAUCCUCUUCUCUGAGCCAAUAGGACCGCAUCCUAUCAUCCGGAUACCAGCCUAACGCACCGGGGCCCUCGCCCAGGGGCCAACGCACGUCAGAGUUACUGGAGCUGAACAUGCGCCACCUGCUUCCGACGGGUUUAUUUAUUUAUUUGCUGAAUAAAGGAGCUGAUUUUUGUUAA